CCAGUGCCAAGUGCUCCUUGGGUCCUUCCUACCAGGCCACCACACCGUCCUCCCCAUCCGCGUCGCGGGCAAAGACCCGGGCGCGAGAUGGAGUCGCCGUUCCGGCCGGACGUGCUGAGGGGCAAGGCGGCGUUGGUCACGGGCGGGGGCUCCGGCAUCGGCUUCGAGGUCGCCGCCCAGCUCGCGCGCCACGGCGCACAGGUCGCCCUCAUGGGCCGCCGCCGCGAGGUCCUCGACAAGGCCGUCGCCGCGCUCCGGUCCGAGGGCCUCAGGGCUGUUGGUUUCGAUGGAGAUGUCCGCAAGCAGGAAGAUGCUGCCAGAGUGCUUGCGGCAACAGUUGAGCACUUCGGCAAGCUGGACAUUCUUGUCAACGGUGCAGCGGGCAACUUCCUUGCUUCCCCGGAGGAUUUGAAGCCCAAGGGAUUCCGAACCGUUCUUGACAUUGACACUGUGGGUACAUACACAAUGUGUUAUGAAGCCAUGAAGUAUCUCAAAAAGGGCGGACCAGGGAGAGGGCCAUCCUCUGGUGGUCUCAUCAUUAACAUAAGUGCCACACUGCACUACACUGCAGCUUGGUACCAAAUUCAUGUCUCUGCUGCUAAGGCAGGUGUGGAUAGUAUCACCAGAUCGUUGGCUCUGGAAUGGGGAACAGAUUAUGACAUUAGAGUCAAUGGAAUUGCACCAGGGCCAAUUCAAGACACUCCAGGAAUGAGGAAGCUUGCACCUGAGGAAAUGAGCAAGGGGCGUCGAGAAAUGACACCAUUAUUUAAGCUUGGGGAGAAAUGGGACAUAGCGAUGGCCGCACUCUAUCUGGGUUCUGAUGCAGGAAAAUAUGUCAAUGGGGCUACAAUUGUUGUUGAUGGAGGCCUUUGGUUGAGUCGACCUCGCCAUAUUCCCAAAGAGGAAGUGAAGGCGCUCUCUAAGGUUGUCGAGAGGAAGGUCAGGACCUCUGGUGUUGGCGUGCCAUCCAGCAAAUUAUGAUGGCAUCUUUGUUUAUGUAGCUCUUCGGUGUGUUCUGUGUAGAAUAUGUCCAUAUUGUUGUCACCACUCACCAGUAUUGUUCUCAGUUUGAUUAUGUCAGCUGACCAGAGUCUGUUCAGCUGAGCAAAGUUCAAACAUUUACUGUUGAUGUAUUCCAAAUCGCAUUAGAAAUUGAUGAGAUUGUUAUGGCCUCCCAACCACGAAGUGUUUAUCUCCAAAUGUUUGCAUGCUA